CACCUGCCCGGAGCGCCCGAGUCGGGCAGACCCCAGCGCCCGCCCGAGGGGGCGCCCGGCGCGGCGGUGGCAGCAACGCCGCUCCCCCGGAGCCCCUCAGCACCGCCGCCCCGGCCCGGCGGGCUCGGGGUGUCCGGGCACCGGCGGGCGCGGCCGCGGGCAGCUGCAGCACCUGCGGCGGUGCCCCCUGGUGACUUGCGGCCAGGAGUUCGCGUUACGCUGGGACAAGGCGCCGUGUUCCUGCUUGUUUCAUCCUUUGUUUUGUGAAACGGGUAAUGUUUGUACGUGCAAGAGCAUGAAACAAGCAGUGCUGGUCUCAUGGGAUCUCAUGGAAGAAAGCGGCUAGGCGCCCAUCCCUUGUGUCUGUAGACCCGCUGGGUCGGUUCCCUGUCACAGCUAUUUAUACGUUCCACAUCCCAGCUGUGCCUGAAGACCUGUUGACUUCAGCAUCAUGCAGCAGGCGGUUUUAGCAAGUUAAGCAAUACCUUGCAAGUAGCAUUAUUUCCUUUUUUUUUCUUUUUUUUUUUUUAACUGUCAUUUAAUUACAUGAGUUAGUCUUGCUACAAGAGUAUCACACGCUGUCCAUCCUCUGUAAUCAGCUACUGGUCUAUGAUAUGGAAGCUGAUCACACAACAGUAGCAGAACUGGUAGAACAGUUCAUAGUCGAGAAGGAGCUGGCACAGGAGCAGAUGGCACAGGUCUUCAUGCAUCUUGCUGCUUUUCUUCUUUGGCAGCCUGGAGACAGUUCUUUACAUUUUCUUUUCUGUCUUCCCGUAUAAGUGCUUCUUUAUUGAGAAACACUGUUUAAGUAGGGUUUUUUCAAGUGUUUCUUUAAGAAGAAAUAAUUUGGAGAUGAGAAAUCAGCAGCAAGUUUUUAUGUGUACCUUAAUGUCUUCCGUGAAGGUUUCUCUGUCUGGUGGAGUGUCAGCUUCUCCUCUUCUGUAAGCAGGAACUUAUGGUAUGGACUCUUGUUUGCUAGGACAGCUCAUCUAACUUCUCUCUGUCAUGCUUCUUCAAAGCUGACACUCAUCUACCUUUUUCAAGACUCUCAGUAAUUAAUGCUUAAGUUUCUGUGCCCUAAUUUCUCUCUGCAACCUAAUUAUUAUUGUAAUUUUGAUGGCUGCAGUGUUCUGAAGGGAUCACAGGUAACUUUUGAACAAAAAGACCUUGAUAACCACUUAUGCUACUGUACUCAUUCUCUCAUUUUUAUGUAUUUGGUAACGAAGGGCGAGAUAGUUGAAAUUCUAGAUAAAAUUUCAACACAAAUUUAGACAGUUCUCUUUAGUUCUUCGCUUUGAACAUUCAAAAAUUUUUAAUUGGAGUUUUUUAGCAAUGCUUUUGAAGAAGAAAUGUCCAAAGCUUAAUACAUUAUGCAAUUUGAAUUUUACAAGAAAUUUAGAUAUAAAUAGGCAUCCUUCAUUCUUUUUUUCCCUUGAAAAUUUAUAUAAUCUGUUUCAUUUCCUCAGUGCUAGUGAAGUUUCACAGAGUUCAUCAUCCAUCUUGUAUUCAGCAAGAAUGGCUGACCCAUUUGAAAGAGUUCACAAAAUAACAGUGACAGUUGGAGACCAAGAAAGCAUGAUCUAUGAGAAAACACAAGAGGAUGAAAACAGAAGUGGGUAGAAAGAAGAGCUGGAGGACCUUUGAAGAAAGCAUAACAAAAAGGGAAGACUUUGGACACAGAGCCAAAAUAUCACAAGCUGAAAUAAUGAAUAACCAAGAGGCUGAUGUUCUGUGUUGCUGCAGUUGUAGAAAAUACAUAGCAAAUUCUGUUUGCCUUGCCAAAUGCAGUGGAAAAGAACUAUCUGAAACAUCACAAACUUCAGCUGCUGCUCAGGACUCUUGCAAUGUGAAUUUAGAUGCCAUUCCAGAGUGGGUGAAAUGUGUCAUUGAAAAGGCAGAGUGGACAAUUGGAAAACCGCACUAUCCAUUCUGUGAGGCCUGCUUAGUGGGCUUUAGCUUUGUUUGCAACAAAAGAUAUUUCUGUGAACAGUUAGUAAAUAUACAUUUCUGCAAAACUCAGACUGACUCUCAACUAUCUUUCUCUGUUAAAUUGUCAAAAUCAUGAGGAAAACAUUUGCCUGUCCUCAAAAAUCAGUCUGGUUUUAGCAAGGAUACCUGCCACGAAGUGGUAACUGCAACUUUGCAAAUCAAAAGUCAAGGACUUUCCUACGUGGCCAGAAAUAAUAAUGGUCCUGGAAGAUUAACAGAAGCGCUUUGUCUAGAAGUAAAAGCUCCAAGAUAUGAGAUGAAAAGUAAAAAGCUUCCCUUAAGGGCAUGAAAUCAGAACAGAAAUCUCUCUUCUUCCUAUCCUAUAAAUGAUGCAUGCACUGUAAAACCUUUUCACAGAAGAUCACGUAGUUUGGAUUUACAUAUCAGAGAGAGACUGUUUUUGUCACCUGUGUUAUAUGAAACUUGCAGUGUGGGAACAAUUUACCAUGGGCAAAAUGAAAACCCACGUGUUUACGCACAGGGUGGCUUGCAAUUAGAGUCCAGUAGGAAAGAUGGUAGUUCUUUUCAGGACCUGUGUAGUUCUAGUGCUGCCAAACUACAAAACCAAUUUCAAGUUACAUCCUUUACCACAUUACUGCACAGAGGAACAGAAAGUGAGUGUGAUUUUGGAGCUCAUGGACAAUCUUCUGCAAGUAUCGUUGCUGAUAGGUCACCAUUUGUGCUGCAACUGUCUUCACCUAUGAGGGCUGUAGAAGACAAAGAGUACCUCACACCUGUUGGUCUUGUGCAGCCUACAAGUAUUUCCUUCAACCAAAAGCUGAGAAAGAGAGAAAGAAGCCUGAGGAGAAAGCAAAGAAGGUGAGAACGAUGGCUACAGAACCAAGUAGGUGAUGAAAAUUGAUUAUCCUACUUUUUUUGGUAAAGUUUGAUUUACUUAUUCUGACGUUCUUUUUAUGCUAUCUCUUAAUACUAGUAUAAUGUGGAACUGUCCAGAGUCAGGUAUCCUGCAAACAAGGAUUUAUGACCCCUUCCUACAUGUAUUUUUUUGAUAAUUGAAUCACAUUUUUUUCUGUGCAAAAUCCAACAACAGUGAGUUGGCUUUCUUAUUGUUUUAUGAUGUAAUAA